GCGAGUCACGGUUCCGGGAUGUCACUGUGCCUAACUUACAUAACUCUUCGCCCCAAACCAAUUGCGAGCUCCUGCAAUGAGUGCAGCGAUCCCCAUACACGACAUUCCAACCAGCACUCCCGCCAGGUCUAUUUCGCGAUCCAGUUCCUUGGUACGCCGUGGCUCCCCGCUUGCACGUUCCUUCGAUCCAUCCGAAUUAGACGACACCGCGACCGACGAGUCACACGAAAAUGCAUCACCCCAUCGAAGGACCGCUUUUCUUCCCGGCCAUCAUCGUCACCACUCUGCUGGCCUUCUCGAUGCCUCCUAUAUAUCUUCUUCUCCUCCGCUGACCGGCUCCUACCUCACCUCGCUUCUCAACGGACGCAUAGCCUCUUCAAGCAACCAUACAACCACAUUCAAACUUCAUCUUUCAGCUUCUGCUUCUCUUGAAGCAACCAAGCAUAAAGCAAAGCCCAAACCCCUCCAACUCAUAUUCCACUCGAUAUGGUACGACAUAACUGGGCCUUACACCGCUACCAUAGACGUCUCAGAACACCUUCGGGAGCAAAAUGAAACAAACAGCUCCGCAGAGACCUCCAAUGAUCCUACUGUCGGCGAUUACCUCCUCCCUUCGUCGAAGGGUCAGAUUCAGCUAAUCAUUUCCAACGAAAUGGGGACCCUAAUUAAGAUGUUCACCAUUUCAUACGACUUCACUUCCAUAAAGAAAUCUGGAACUCAAAUGAUUCGCCGGCAAGUUUGGUGCACACGGGUAAAGCGCUCGUCACCAGUCCCAACUGACAAGGACACCGAACGGAAUGGGGUCUCUACACCGCCCAGCGGACAACCGUUACAGGAUACAAUCCGGUACGCCGCCCAACUGCAUUUUGCUUGCCGGGCCUUUCCCGCUCCACGCCGCAACCCGAGAGCUUCCGAUGCGAUAGAAAGUCCUUCUGGUCACGUUCAGCUAGAAGGGACCUCGGCCGAGACUUCCACAAGUGUGUUCCCCGUUGACAUGGAGGUAGAGGAUACGAACAACAUGGUGCCCGCCCAGGCAUUAUCAACGGGACCAGCUUUGUCAUCGCUGCCAGCCAAAUCGAAACCAGGCCGGAGCAGGGUCAGGAAGUUUUACCUUACGGGAACCAUCCGACUUGUUUUCAAUUCUCGACCACCCGAGGAUGACGAGGAGUUGGUAAUGACGACGGACAGCACCGACAUUUUCGCUCCAUAGAACGUAGUCCCAGCCUCUACUUCUACACGAACAACCCCAUAUUAAUCGGCGUUACGCAUUGCAUCCCCAGCUCCAUCGCAAAUCACAAUGCCAUAUGAAGACCAUCCAUAAUGUAGAGUCUAUCUUCCCAUUUACUGUGCCAGUUCAAGAUCUACUUCAAUGCGAGGCGCAUGUACCUAUACGUUUC